ACGGUGGUCUUUGAGAUGGCCAUAGUACAGUUGCUUAUGGAGCUAGAAGACAUAAACUAUUCGGGAGAUUUCAAAAUUAUAUACAUGGCGCCAGUAAAAGCACUGUGUACGGAAAGGCUUACUGAAUGGCACUCCAAAUUCACGAAACUUGGUCUCCUUUGCAUUGAAGUUACGGGAGAUACAGACGUUGAGUUUCCGCAGUUAAAGCCUUACAGGAUAAUAAUAACGACGCCAGAAAAGUGGGACAUGCUAACUCGUAGAUGGAAGGACCAUAGGGGUUUAGUUGAAGCGGUCAAAUUGUUUUUGAUAGACGAAGUACACAUAUUAAAUGACGAAAUACGUGGACCCGUUCUUGAAGCUGUUGUUAGUAGAAUGAAGACAAUCGAAACGUCCGUGCAAUCAGCCCACCGUAUAGAACAAGUGCAAGCCCAAUUCCAAGGAGCUGAUAUACAAUGUCCAGAAUCAUCUCCCAGAAUACGUUUUGUAGCAGUUUCCGCUACGGUUAGUAACCCAGAAGAUGUAGCAGCCUGGCUUGGAAAUAGAGAACAACCCGCUGCAUAUUAUAAAUUCGGGGACGAAUGUCGGCCAGUGAAGCUAAAACGAGUAGUAGAGGGCUACCCAUGCCCAAAUGGCACCAGCAUUUUCAAAUUUGAUAUCAUACUCAAUUACAAACUUUGGCCUAUCAUUCAGAAGUACCACAACGGGAAACCUACUUUGAUAUUUUGCAACACGAGGAAAGGGGUGGUUCUUACCGCGGAGACAUUGUCACGGGAAAUAACGGUUACCUUCAACCAGGAACAAAAGAUCAAGUUGGAUGCACUAGCUUCGACGUUAAAAAAUAAGAAAGUUCAGUCUCUAAUUUUAAAUGGUGUUGGAUGCCAUCAUGCCGGAUUGCUCUACGAAGAGAGGACGAAUAUCGAACAAGCUUUCAGGAACAGAGACCUCCCAAUUCUCGUCACUACUACCACCUUAGCUAUGGGUGUCAACUUACCCGCGCAUCUCGUCAUAAUAAAGAACACGCAGCAAUAUGUGAACGGAGCCUAUCAGGAGUACAGUAUCAGUACGGUUCUCCAAAUGGUGGGUCGAGCUGGUAGGCCGCAAUUUGACACCGAGGCUACCGCAGUCAUUAUGACCAGGGUACAGGAUAAGCCUCGAUAUCAAGCUCUGGUGGGAGGUUGCGAGCCCUUGCAAAGCUACUUGCACAAGCGCUUAGCGGAGAACCUGAACAGUGAAGCUGCCCUGGGUUCGGUGGGUGACGUAGCGCAAUGCGUCCAAUGGGUCAACUCCACCUUCCUUAGUGUAAGAGCGGCGCGUGACCCGAAGAGAUACCUCAGCCUUGCGCCUUCUGCCCCUGCUGCACUCAUCUCUAAGAAGAUAGAAGAGCUAUGCGUAAGAGCAAUGAACGGACUAGAAAGCGCUGGGCUAAUAACAAUGAACGAAGCAUGCUGUAUAGAGUCCACUGAAGCAGGGCGGCUGAUGUCACUGUAUUACCUUGAUUUGGAAACGAUGAAACUGAUCAUGAAGUUAGAGGGCACCGAGUCUCUAGAGCGCUUGUUAUGGCUGGUAUGCGAGAGUCACGAACUUUCGGAUAUGCAUCUCCGCGUCGACGAGCGGCGAUGUUUGAACACGCUUAACAGGAACAACGCGGCCGCCACGAUUCGCUUCCCGAUGAAGGGCAAGAUCAGCAGUCGACAGAUGAAACUUAACUGCAUAAUCCAAGCCGUCCUAGGUUGCUUGCCCAUUCCAGAUCCUUCGCUCAACCAAGAAGCGAUGAAGAUCAUGAGAACCGCUGACAGGGUUUGCAAAUGUUUAGUUUCAUACGUAACACGAUCAAAUCUAAUGUCUCAAAAUCCUAAAUUCUAUUCUACAAUUUUGAACUCCUUGAUACUAGCAAAAUGCAUAUCGGCUCACCUAUGGGAGAACUCGCUUUUCGUCAGCCGACAACUGAAAGGUAUAGGACCAACUUACAGUGCUCUACUUGCGUCUGCCGGGAAAACUAACUUCAUGAUCUUGGAAGAAAGCCAUCCUAGAGAUUUGGAGAGGAUAAUGAACAAAGGUCCUCCCGCUGGUAAUAUACUCAGAAAGCAAAUAAGCCUACUUCCAAAAUAUAAUCUAACUAUGACACCGGUCAAUGAGAGGAUGGUCCGUAUUCAACUAUCACUGCUGAAUCAAGCGCAUUUAGCAGAGAAUAUGGAAAACUUAACCGCUGGCGCCAAUCAUAAAUGUCAUGUGAUUGUGGGAGACUCUGAUAACUUUGUUUUAUUUUCCACAACCUUCAAGGAGACUGAUUUCAUAGCUCUCUACGAAGGAUGCAUAACGUUUGAUGUAACAAGGAAACACACUAAUGAGCACAAGAUAUUAGCUCACUGCAUCAGCACAACUUUUGUUGGCAUUGAUGAAAAAUGUGAAUAUUUAUUUAUGGAUUUGAAUCAGCACUUCUUAGUAUCAGAAACAUUUGAAAAAAAUUAUCCUUCAAUUCAAGCAACUGACACCGAUGUUUCUCAAGCGCGAAAAAGGAAAUUGUUUGAUAAAAAUGACACCAUUCCAUCUAAGGAAAAGAAGAAGCGAAACAACAAUUUAAUGGACACUUUCAAGACGCUCAAAGAGUCUAUAAAAAAAACAGCAGAAGAAAUUAAAUUGGAUUUUGACAAAAAAACUGACAUUUCUCAUAACUUAACAAUAGGUUUAACGAAUUCAAAGUUACCUAUAAACAAUAAUUCUUUUAACACAUCACUCAAUCACAUUGGUUAUGAUCAAUAUGAAAUUCAAGAUCUUGGAAAUGCAUUUUCAGAAGAUUUUGAGAGUGAGGAUAUGGAUGAAGACAAAGUGAAGGGUAUUUUAAGUGAAAUUGAAAAGGAAAUAAAACAUAGAACAUAUAAGAAAAAAGACUGCAAUGAUGAAACUGAGAUCACAGAGGGUGGAAAUGAAAUUUGUUUUUCUGAAACAGUUAAGUCUCAAAUAGAAAAAUAUUUACGACGAACGGAAGACACCCUUAAGACUAAAAACUCUAUUACAGAUAUCAAAGACUUUUCAAAUACUAUAGAUACCGAUAUAAACUUAAAAGAACCGGUACACUUAAAAUAUGACUGUAAAUAUGAAACAAAUAAUAAUAAUCAAACUUUGCACAUACUCGACAGUUAUGAAAACAAAUUUCAAAUUAACGCAGAGAAAGGGAACCAAAAGAUCUAUGACUUUAAUGAUGCAACAAAUAAAGAAGAUAAAUCAACAGAAAUUGUAGAAAAAACCAUUACAAAUAGGAUAGUUAAAGAUACUGAUAAAGUAACCAUGCAAGAAAAGUUUCUCGCAAAUAAGCAACAACCACUUAUCAACUGUUUGCCACAAUUUUAUAUUGAAUCAUUUAAUAAAUUGCCUAUUUCCAUGUUCCAAAAUAGUGAUGUUCAAAUAAUUCACGAGUCAGAAAAAAAACAAUCUUGUGUUAAAAAAGAAUGCAGCUCAGAAAAUACAAAAAACUUUCACUACAAUGGUGAUGUUAAUAGUUUUAAAUCAAAUAGUUCCAAAGAAAAAAUUGAGAGUAUUAACAGAUACUUUUUCGGCGACACUAAAAUUUUUAAUAUCUGUACUAAAAAUACUUCAAAAAAACAUGUAUGCAUGAUAGGCAAACUAAAAGUAGAGCUGGAUAUUACUGAAAUAGUUUAUAAUAAGAUUCACCAAAUCCCUAAAUAUAUUGGAAAUAAUCUUUACCCUGAGUUUGAUAACGAUGCAAAAAUUACAUUGAGGGCACGCAAGAAUGAUAUUUCAAAUAACAAAGUUGCUACUUUAAAAAGUUUCGUUGACAACGAGGUAAAAGUUAAAUUAAAUCCUUGUUUUCCUAAAGAAGAUAAAAUAAAUUUAUCAUACUCUGGAUUAUUUGGAAUGGGUGGAACAAAUACUAAUUACAACGAGAAUAACAAUGACAUUAUCAACAAUAAUACUAUGACAUUGUCUAAGGAAAUAUCAAAUAAUUCUUCUAUUAAGAAUAUAUUACAAAGAAUAAGCCAUAGCUUUAAAGAGGAAAAAAAUUAUAUGAAUAAGAAUGACACAAAAAAUUAUCAAUUUGAAAAUGUUGAUAACCCAGACAUAAAACCAAUGCGAAAAUAUAAAAUCAAGGACAUUGAUAAGAUUCAAAUACCAUUACCUCAAUCAUUAAUUGUUGAAAAUUUUAAUGCAUCCCACAAUGUGAUGUCUCAACUAGAUAUUUCGAUUGAAGAUUCUGAAAAUAAAAAAAAAUGUCAUGUAAUUCAUCAUACUAAUCAAAACUAUAAUAAAAAAAAAUUCACACAAGAUUAUCCAAUUCCAAGAUCUAGCAAUGCUAUAGAUAUUUGUAAUGAAAUUCAGCAAAGCAAUCUAAGUUACAACAAUCAUCAAAUACAAAAUUAUUCAACUCGAAUACCUGAAAUUAAAAUGAAUAUUGACGAAGACAUCGAAGAAGAACCUCCGGAAAUCCAUUCACCUGAUAUUAUGCUAAGCCGUUUAUAUUCAGUCGAUGAUUAUGAUUUAAAUCAGGUUAUAUUAAAUCCUAAAACUCUACUAGAAUGUUUAAAUAAAGAGGAUAACGCAGAAAAUGUGUCACCAUCUCCUGAAAUUUAUUAUAAUAAUACGUGUGGAUAUUCACCAAUAUAUUGUGACAAUUUUAAUGCAGGUGAAGAGGUAAUUAAACAAGUCUAUGAAGAAUCGCACUCAAAUGACACAGAAAAUUUUGAAACUACUAACCUUUUUGAAAGUAAUUCUCCUGUAGACUUAACACCUUCAAAGGAAGUUGAAACUUGGACUCUAUCAGAAGAUGUUAGAAAUGGAUUAUUUCAUUCAGAUAAACGUCAGUCCUACACUAUGAUGCAUAAGAACCAUAAUGAAAGCAAACGCGAAUCCCAAAAAUAUGCAUUUUACCCAAAUAAUUCACGACAAGCAAAGUUAUCCUACUUUAAAUUUGAGCGUAAACGUGUUUUUAAGAAAAUAUAG